AUUUUAUUUCUGAAAGAAAUAAGAAAGAAGCGAAAGUACCUAAUUCAUUGACUAUUUAUCGUCGUAUUUUCAUCAAGACGAUGGAAUUAAACGAAAUUCCUUUACCACCACCACAUGAAAUAAAUUUACUUAUAAGUGUUUCGUGGGGUAGAGAAAGUAAAAGCUUCAGAACUACUUGUAAAGAAAUAUCAGAACAAGUAAAGGUCGAACUUUCACUUACAAAUUAA